AUGAAUGACAAGAGCGCCAGAACUUCUAUGGAACUAGAAGACAUCACGGCCACAUCAGAAACGCAGGCUAGUCUUCAACAGCAAUUAUGGGAGAUUGCUCAAACUCCCUGGAAAUCUGGUAUCCUUCCCAGUGCCAAUCAUCUGGCUCGGGCAAGAGAAAGUUUACCGUCAUGUCUUGCGAAUGAGGGAGUGGGAUUUGAAAGGACAAAGCAACAUAUCCUGAACGACAUCGUCCCAGCUUUUAAUGGAAGCAGUAUAAGUCCCAAUUACUAUGGCUUUGUCACCGGAGGGGUAACACCUGCUGCCUUAUUUGCGGAUAACAUAGUAUCUGCGUACGAUCAAAAUGUUCAGGUUCAUCUUCCUGACCAUUCUAUUGCCACGGAUGUUGAAUCCAACGCUCUGGGUCUCCUUGUCGACCUUCUACACCUGGAGCGAGCUGACUGGCAUAACGGCAUUUUCACCACCGGGGGAUCGGCGAGUAACAUCCUCGGCAUAGCCUGUGGGAGGGAAUACGUAUUAAAGGUUGCUGCAUGCAAGGCAGGAGUCCCGACACAAAGCGUUGGAGAGCAUGGCUUGUACGAAGCCAUGCAGGUAUCCGGAUUGUCAGGAAUUCAGGUUUUGUCAACGUUACCGCACUCAUCCCUAGUCAAGGCAACAGGGAUUCUUGGGAUCGGCCGAGCGAAUGUCAAAAACACCUGCCAGGCAAACAAUCCACUCCUCUUUGAUAUGGAAAAGCUUGAGCUUGAACUAGCAAGACCUGGCAAGGCAAGUAUCGUCGCAGUAUCCUGCGGAGAAGUUAAUACUGGACGUUUCGCGACGACCAGCAUCGACGAGAUGCGAGAACUACGGAGAUUGUGUGACAAGUACGGUGCCUGGCUACACGUUGAUGGUGCCUUUGGAAUUUUCAAUCGCGUUUUAGAUGAUAGCCCAGAGUUCGCUACCAUCAAAAAGGGAGUUGAAGGCAUAGAAUUGGCCGAUUGUAUUGCAGGCGAUGGGCACAAAUUCCUCAACGUACCGUAUGAUUGUGGCUUCUUCCUCUGUCGCCAUCCUAAUGAAGCUUUCAAUGUGUUUCAAAAUGCGAAUGCGGCCUAUCUAACAGGAAAUAGCAACGGCCCUCCCUCAAUUCCCUCACCACUGAACAUCGGUAUAGAGAACUCCAGGCGCUUCAGGGCUCUCCCUGUCUAUACUUCACUUGUCGCUUAUGGCAGAACUGGGUAUCAGUCGAUGCUCAAGAAACAAAUUCGAUUGGCCAGGAUGAUUGCCGGAUGGUUGUUUGACCAUUCAGGGUACAACGUUUUGCCGGAGGCUACUACCAAGGAGAAAUUAAUGGACCAAACUUUCAUGGUUGUCCUGCUUAGCGCAAAGCAGGAUGAGUUGAAUAAUAUCCUUGCGGCCAAGAUAAACGAGACAUCUAAGAUGUUCGUUUCUGGGACCUCCUGGCAGGGGCGACCGGCUUGUCGAAUUGCCGUCUCCAAUUGGAGAGUUGAUAAAGACAAGGAUUUCGAACUUGUGACAAAUGUGCUGAAGAGCGUUGUUGAAGGAGCAACCAAUUGA